CCAAUUCUCCCUUCCAUUGAAAAAGUCUUAAGAAGUUAACUUUUUUUUUUUUCAUCAAUCUCAAAUAUUUGAUGCACACACCACAUAUAUGUCCAUAUCCCCUCCUAAAGUCUCUGCUGAUAAAUUCGUGUUGAUACUACACCAUAUAAACAUGUCCCUUUCUUCACUUCAAUAUAUAUCUGAAUCCAAAAUAGCAAUAUUUUAGGACUAAUUCAAGUUUCACAAAGCCAAUACUCCUGUGCAUUUACAAAAAUACAUCUCCGGUUGAUGGAAGAAGUAGAGUUCAAGAAAGUUCAUGAUCCAUUUUUCCAGCUCAAUAUGCUAUCUUCAACAACUACAAACUCCCCUCAUCAUCACUGUGUUUGGGUGUCGGGGCCAAUCAUUGUGGGAGCUGGUCCUUCGGGUCUUGCCGCUGCAGCCUGUCUCAAGAACCAAGGUGUUCCAGCCAUGAUUCUUGAACAGGCAAACUGCAUAGCUUCACUAUGGCACUUCAGGACUUAUGAUCGUCUUCGUCUACAUCUUCCAAAACAGUUUUGCCAGCUUCCACUUAUGCCCUUUCCAGUAGAUUUUCCAACUUACCCUACCAAACAACAGUUCUUAUUCUAUCUUGAAUCCUACGCCAAAAACUUCGAUUUGAAUCCGGUGUUCAAUGCAACAGUAGUGAAUGCAGAAUUUGAUGGUAGGAGUGGGUUCUGGAGGGUGAAAACGAAGGUAACUGAAUAUGUUUCUCGAUGGCUGAUUGUUGCAACCGGUGAGAACGCUGCAGAAGUUGUGCCUACAUUUGAGGGGAUGAAUGAGUUCAGUGGACCUAUCUUGCACACUAGUUUGUACAAAAGUGGUGAAUGUUUUGAACAUAAAAGUGUUUUAGUUGUGGGGUGUGGGAAUUCUGGCAUGGAGGUAUGCCUGGAUCUAUGCAAUUUUAACUCUUUUCCAUCACUAGUGGUUAGAGAUUCAUUGCAUGUGUUGCCACAAGAGAUGUUUGGGAUAUCAACUUUUGGGCUGUCAAUCUGGUUACUUAAAUGGUUUCCUGUACGAAUCGUUGAUCGAUUCUUGCUUUUUGUUUCAAGAAUUAUUAUCGGUGACACAAAUCGUCUUGGCCUCUAUCGACCAAAACAUGGUCCCCUAGAGCUAAAGAGUGUUUAUGGUAAAACACCUGUAUUGGAUGUAGGCACGCUUGCAAAGAUCAGAAGUGGAGAUAUCAAGGUUUACCCCAAAAUAAAGAAACUAGCAUGUAACAGUGUGGAGUUUGUAGAUGGAAGAAUAGAAAAUUUUGAUGCAAUAAUUCUGGCAACAGGAUAUAGAAGUAACGUUCCCACUUGGUUGAAGGACACAAACUUAUUCUCGGAGAAAGAUGGACUUCCCAAAAAAAAGUUCCCGGAAGGAUGGAAAGGCGAUCAAGGAUUAUACGCAGUAGGGUUUUCGAAACGAGGUUUGUUGGGUACGUCUGUAGAGGCUACAUGCGUUGCAGAAGACAUCGCAUCUCAAUGGAACUCUUAUGGAAGAUGUGAGUUUCUUCAAGGACAAAAUACUGGUAUAGAUUCUUAAAGAAAUAACUUCAUUUUUCAUGGGUGUUUUUAGAUUCAUUAGAAGAUAUGUUUCAUGUUUGACAAAUGUGCAUAAAACAUAUAGCUUGCACAUAGUUCUUGUUGUCUAUAGCUAAUAAUUAGGAUAUAAUUUUGAGGUAAAUAUGAAUUUUAUUUUCUUUGUUUUUUAUAUGUUUGAAUUAAGGAAAAUUUUGAUUUUUCUGCAUUAUUUAUAUUUGGUCUACUACUUUGUUUAAAUCUAUAGGAAUAAAUUAUAUUAAUGGUAAAAUGUAAAAUAGUGUCAUUUUUUAAUGAUAUUUCCAAAUAGCUAUAUCCUUAAUCAUAUUCAUAUGCAACUUCUGAUCUAAUUACUUCUAAAGGUUCUUUUUAUUUUACACGUUAAUACCGGUCCAUAUUAAGUCACAUAAUAGUUACAUGGCAGCGUGCGUUGAAUAGAGGUUUUGUUAAGUAACCCGUGAAAACAAGAUUCGAACAUCAUAUCUCCUAUCAAGAGAAAUCAGGUACUUAACUCUACACCUUGAAGUUUUACAUCCAAGAUUCUUGAACUUCCAAAUAACUAGAAGUUUGUACAGCAUUCUAAUUUUGGUUCCUCAUCUCCCAAAGUAGUUUAGUUUUCUUUCUAAUAUUGGUUCGUCAUCUCCCCAAAUAGUUUAGUUUUACUUAGUAGUACAAAAGCAACAUUCAACUUUCUAUGUUUGUAUCCAUUCUUGUACAACCAAAGGUGUUUUUUCAACCAAAAGUUAUAGUAAACCAUGAACGUUAAUUAAUGGACAAGUAGUCACUCGUAUUAUCUGAAAUGCUUGUACAUAUAACAGGUAUUUGUGACAUUAUAUUCCGUCGUAUUCAUAUUCUUAAGGAAGUCAUGAAUUCACAAUUUUCCAAAAGGCAUUAAUUUGCUAAUGUUGGAAUUUGCAUUGCGAAAACAUAACAAAACCCUCCUCUAAUUGAUGAGAUCCUUCUGAGAGGGGAACCCAACAGAAUGAACCGAGGACCACACACAUAACCACAAGGCAAGGAGGUGUGGUACGUGGUGUGUGGGGUGGGUGAGUGGGGUUUGAGGCACUAAGCAAAGUCCACCACAAGUCCAGAAAUCUUUAACUAAGUUGUAUUGGCCUACUCCAUUUUAAGACAAAAGCUAUAGUGAUGCGUGACAAAUGGAUGGAUUGAUGAGAUCAAAGGAGUACAACUUUAUCAACAUGAUUUACAAAUCUUUGAAUAAGGAAAAACCAUGUCCAUUGAUACGUAGGUGGUAGUUCGGUGGCUACCUCAAGUGUAGCAACUUAUACACUUAUUAAACUGAAGUAAAAAGUGGCAUAAUCAAACCAUCUUCAGUUUGUCUGAUCAGCUAGACAUAUCUAAUGAUUUGAAAUUAUAUAGUUUCAUUAUGAAGGGUAGGAGAAAGUGUCCUACAAAAUCAUUAGGGGACCCAAGAGAUCUUUGUUGAACGAUCCCUUUUCAUUGAAUUAAUUUUGUUUUUAAUCAUUG